AUGGUGCUGCAGGGCUUCCAACCGUUGCGCGCCAAGGCGCCCCUGGAGUCGCACGUCCUGUCCGCGGCGAUUUUGCUAAGGAUGCCAGAUGUGUACGAGCCGCUACUCGAGCCCGCGGCUGCGAUGGAGGGCUUUCGUGCAUCCAAGUACUUCGGCUCGCUGCUCUAUGCCGCCAUCACCUCGGGCCAGCACGACCUCGCCAGACGGCUCCUGGGGCUUUUCGAUGCAUGGGCAGAGCAAACUACUUGGCCGCUUAUGGCGGCAGUCAAGACGGGUGAUCUGGCAAUGGUCGAGAUCGUUCUUGGCGAAAGCGGCCCGGCGCCGGGUCUGGCUAUCGACGAGGCCUACUUCGUUAGUGGCCAUGAAGUCGAGCCAGCCUUGGCGAGGGCGGCGCGUCUUGGUCAUGCAGGCAUCAUACAGCGACUGCUCAUACAUAUCGCGGUCGACACGGCAAGUUUUGGGAUGUGA